AUGGCCGACUCUCAGCCUCCUCCCCAACACAACGGAUCAGAGCAACUCCCUCCAUCCGAAGAUAAUAUCAAAACCGAACCAGACCUCGACGCCUCCAUCGAGCAAGACGUCGAGAUGAACCCAGAACAGCCAGAAGAAGCCCCCGCGGUUGACCCCAUGGCCCCCGCGCCAACCCCUUCCAAAAAGGAAACUAGCCUUCGCGAGUUCCUCGGCAAGAUGGACGACUAUGCUCCCAUCAUCCCUGACGCCGUCACUGCUCACUAUCUCACGCUCGCCGGCCUCCCACCACCAGGCACAGGGCCCGGUCAAACGCCCCCGCACCUUGCGCGCCUCCUCGCGCUCGCCGCUCAAAAGUUCGUCUCUGAUAUCGCCGCGGACUCUUACCAGUUCGCGCGCAUUCGCGCUUCAAACAGCUCCUCCGCAAACAAUGCCAUUGGCAGCUUGGCCGCUGCUUCGGGUCUAGGUGCCCCAGCCGGUACGGCGCCCGCUCCCGGUGGUGACAAGAGCAAGGCUGGUACUCACCUCGGUAUUCAACGGCCUGGGUUUGGUGGUGGAGGCUCUGGAGGGUCCGGACAGGGUCGCACUGUCUUGACGAUGGAGGAUCUUGGUAUGGCGGUUUCGGAAUAUGGAGUCAGUGUCAAGCGCGGCGAGUUCUAUAGGUAG